UGCAAGAAAAACUGCGGCCGUACCCUAUUCUGUGGUCAUUCCUGUUCUGAGCCUUGUACCAAAAACUGUCCUCCGUGCAAAGAACCCUGCGGCAACUCCUGUACGCACAGCAAGUGCAAGAAAAAAUGUGGCGAGCCUUGUGAGCCUUGCAACGAGAAAUGCACCUGGCAAUGUGAGCAUCAGCGAUGCACUAGAUUGUGUGGACAGCCAUGUAAUCGUCAGCGAUGUAACGAGCCGUGUAAAACGCGUCUUCCUUGCAGGCAUCCCUGCAUUGGUCUUUGCGGGGAAAUAUGUCCAAAGAAGUGCCGAGUGUGCAAUAAGGAUGAGGUCACCGAGAUUUUCUUCGGAACUGAAGAGGAAGAGGACGCAAGGUUUGUGGAACUGGCUGAUUGUGGCCAUGUGUUUGAAGUUGAGAUGAUGGACCAGUGGAUGGACCAGGCCGAGGCAGGGAAUGAUGGGAAGGCUGUUGAUGUCCAGCUCAAGCGCUGUCCAAAGUGCUCAACUCCUAUUCGUACCAGCUUGAGGUAUGGUAACAUUGUUAAGAAGAUUCUUGCUGACUUCGAGAAAAUAAAGCGAAAGAUUCUACUUGGAAAACAAAAACGUGAACAAGCGGUUAGUGGGCUAAUUUUGAAAGCGCAGAAGAUCAAGUUGUUUCCAGAAGACCAAAAGAAACUUGAGGAGUCACUGCUUCUCAAGAAUCUUACAGAUGAACAAGUGAAUGUGUUUGAGAACCAGAUCAGCCUGUUGUCUUUCCUCCAGAACCUCAAAGUUAAGAUACACAAAGGCGUAAACGCCGAAAGUGAGAGAACGCAAGGAAGCUUUCAUUCAAUAAGACUACUGGAGGAAAGGAAGGAAGGACUCGAGAGUCUAUUGGAUAAACUGCGACUCCGUAUCAUGAAGGUUCGGGCGCGGUUCAGUGACCAGGAAUUAGAGGAACUGAGUGAGGAGAUAUACAGAACACAGCUUGCUGUUGACCUUAAGAUUCUGAAGAUGCAGCUUGACAUCCGAGGACAUAAGCUGAACGCCACUGAUUCCGUGAAAAUUGACCUCGUGCAAAGCGCCUUGGAUUCUGAGAAAGUGAUUGGUAAGUGGAUUGACAAUGAAGGACAGAGAUGAAAAACGCAACAAUGAUAUAGAAGAAUAGCAACUAAACACCAUCAUAGGUGUAAAGUGCAAACAAAAACGAAUCCCAGUGCUUGGGUAAUUCUUUAUUAUAGCUGUGUUACACCACGGGCUGAUGUUUUAGCGUAUAUAGGUAAAUCCAAUCUAAGAGCUCUUAGGGUUCAAACAAAAACACCAUCGUAUAUAUAACGAAUCGUUGUAAUUAAGUGUGAAGACAAGUGUUUAACACCGGGAUGGGGGUGAAGGAGAAGGGGGCAUCCAAAGAAGGCGGAUAAGGGAAAUGUUGUAACUAACUUCAUUUGAAAGCAUUACAGAUAUACAUUUCGCAACUUUAAAUGUGGUCAUGACUUAUAAUACCAUUUGUCAUAUCAAAAUCCAAGCAAAAUUGUUAUGGUCAUAAAUCCCCAACCAUAUUGCGCACUCACUGUGUAGUUACCAGCAUAACUUUGAAAAUUUCUAUUUCAAACAUCUCUCCUAAAUCGCAGUAAAAGAAUCAUGAACGAAACACUUUUUCUGGGUUCAUUUUAGGAAAAGACGUCAGAGACCGUUAUACAACUCGCAUUAAGCGGAUCGGACGAUUGUGUGGACUUGAAGUUUUUUACCAGGAAGUCACCCGACAAGAAAAAGACCUGAUUGUGAAGGCCAUGGGUUUAACACAAGGACAUUGGUUCAAGUGUCCAAAGGGUGAGUAUAGCCUCUCAGUCUCCUAGACUAUUCAGAAAACACAAUUUCCAGCUUUUAAUGCAUUGGAUAAGACGAGCCGACUCUUUUGAAUUACCAAUUUCCCGAUGAACUCUAUAACUCAAUGAGAGCAAGAGUGAUAUAUAAAAACAGUUGACGGCUUCCCUGGAAUAAGCCAACACCGCCAACCAAUCGCCCCCUCAACCGGCGCCCGUUCUUUCUUUCGCCGCAAAUUUAAAUAACGGCGCAAGCUUCACCACCUUUGUAACAUCUCCACUCCUUACUAAAUCCUAGGUUACCCCGCUGCCAGUUUGAAUGAUCCGCAGGUGUAUUAUCACUGUAUUAUCUCAUUAUAGGACACAUUUACUGCAUCACCGAGUGUGGUGGGGCGAUGGAAGAGGGCCGCUGCCCGGAAUGUGGCUCAGCGAUUGGUGGUCAUAGUCAUCGUUUGAGGGAUGAUAAUCGGUUAGCAAGUGACAUGGAUGGAGCUCGUUAUGCUGCCUUUUCUGACAUGGCAAAUAUCCACAACUUCGACCCAAAUGACUUACGAUUUUGA